CCCAAAAGCCUGACUAUAAGCAAAAAACAUUGUAAUUGGCCAUAAAGAGAGUCAUGUGACAGUGGGGGGGGCAGCAUCAGAACUCUGGAAUUGGCUCAUAAGUACUUUGGGAGGAGCAUCAUAACUCUGAAGGCAAAGCAACUAUUGGUUAAGUGAGGAAAAUGUGAGACUAGGCCAAAGCCAUGUAAGCAGUAUGGAGAAAAGCCUGGAAAAGGAAAGAAAAGGACAAAAGUUGGCCCUGAGCGAAGCUCCUCCCAAGUAUGUAUGAGUUUUUAUCCUGUAUGACUUUUUACACAACUAUGUAAUGAGGAAGAUUUUAGUGAUUAAUUACUUCUAUCAAUCAAUGAAAUCAAAAUCUCUAGAUAUAUGGGCAGCGUAGCUAAGGUAAUUUCUUAUGAAUUUUAUUUUCACCAUAUGAUCAGAGAUGAAUGUUGAAAAACACUACCUGGGUGUUUUGAAUGGAUGUUGAGCCAAACUUGUUGCUUUUCACACUUCUUUUCAUUUUUGCAUAUUAGACUCAGUUUUAUAAAAAAUUGAGAUGUUGGGAAAAAUGACUCUUCCUUUAACUAGUCAGUUGAAAUAUUCCAUCACUAAUGACAUGAGCCUAGGCAGCACAUUGAAAACGAUAUAAUUGCUAAACCAACCUUACUUAGCAUCAUAGAAGGCAAAAAAUAAAGCAUAUUAGGGCUUUAUUAAAAUUGAAAUGAACCAAAUUUCACUUUUGUCUUCUCCUCCUCCUUCUCCACACAGUUUUAUGUCAGCAUUAUGUUUAUCAUCUGAAGAGUACAGUAAAACUUCUAAUGUUGGUAUAUUAAAUAAAAAAUACUUCUUUGCUUUAUUGUUAUGAUGAAUAAAAUCUAAUGUUCUCUUAUUUACAUUUAUCGACUAUAGCGAUCUUAAUUUAAGGAUUGGGAAUAGUUAUUUCUUCCACCAAUAAAUAGAAAUUAAAAGUAUAUAUUGUAACUUGCAACUGGAUCUCUAUCUAUUUCUUUUCUCCUUAAUCUGCAUAACAUUUUGUAAGCAUCAUAUGACAUUAUUUUUGAUUACACAGAUUCUUUUCUCAGUUUUUCUUUCAAAAUGUGGGCCUAUAUCUGUUUGAAAAAUUUUGAGUAUUAUAACUGCAAUUGAGGAUUUUCAUCCUUUUGGAAACAUUUGCUAUUUCUAAUUCAAUAUUGUAUGUUUGUAAAAAUUCAAUAAUCUUAUUGAUAGUUUAUUUCUAAUGUGUUUAAGAUUUUGAAAAGCAACUCUCAUCGAACACUGCUUCUUUUCGUCAUCAAUUAGCAGUUAAAAAAAAAGAUCAUUGAAGCUCAGUCAAUCACCACAAAUUUACAAGUAGAAAACAAAUCACUGAAGCUAAAACUUAAGGUAUUUAGAUGCUUAAAUUACAUUUCUCUUACCACAGAAGACGUCCAAGAUGCUGUUCACUAAAUGCUCAUUUGAGGUAAGCCUAUCUUGUUUGGUGCGUCUUUCUUUCAGCCUGUAACUAUCUAAACUAUAGAUUGUAGAAAUGUAUUAAUUUAUGUUAAGCUAUUUACAUGUUACCAUUUCUAGAAACAGAUUGAAAAGUGUCUCCUAACAUGAAAAUAAUAUGCUUUUGAAACAUGUUAAUCAAGGCCUGUAUUGAUAGAAAAUUGAGAAUCAGUUUAUAUUUUACAUUGUAAUUAUAGUACACAUUUAAUACUGUAUAUUUUGCUAAUGUCAUAACUAUGUGUUUUGGAAGUGUCAAAGUAUUUUGGAAGGAACUUUAAGGUCAAAUUUAAUUAAUGGUUUAUGAAUUGUAAAAAUAAAAAAUAACUGGUCAAAACCUUCACUUCCAGAAAAAAAAAGAUAUCCUUCAGAAUCUUUAGAAAAGGAAGUAUUGGCCAAAUUAUGCAUAAGCAAACAUUUAAAAUACAGAUAAAUAAAAUGAGAUACUGGGGGGACUGAUGGAGUGAAAUGUAUGAUCUCUGAAGAACUGAGAUUAACACAAUAAACUAUAUUAUCAACAUAAAUUUAAUCAUCCAUUUCUUUAGGAAAGAGAAAGAGAUGUAAGUAUAACAAAUAUUUAUGCACACCAGAUGCGCAAAGGUCAGCCAGAGAAAACCGAUUCAAAGUAAACACUAUAUGAAAGUUCCUGGAUGGCUAUCCACAAUGGAGGCGAUGAUACACCCCAAAACCCUGGCAAUUCAAAAAUGUUGUUAAAGUCAGCAAAGCAGCACAAGUAAAUAGUAGCCUAAAAGACUCUGUGGAAGUGUGAGCCAGAAGGAAGUCCAAUGACCUUCCAUGAGAAUAGAAUAGAAUAGAAUAGAACAGAACUGAAUUGAAUUUUUUUGGAUCAAGUGUGAUUGGACACACAAGAAAUUUGUCUGGGUGCAUAUGCUCUCAGUGUACAUAAAAGAAAAUAUACCUUCAUCAAGAAUCAUAAGUGCCUUUUCCUUUGGGAAAUUUAAAGUAAAAUUGACCAUCUUCCCUGCCAUUGGUGGAAUGAUGGCUUCUGAUGAUACAGUCCUUCAUCAUACCAUCCAAGAGGAGAAGACAUGUGGACAAUGUUCAAAAAGUGGAAGCUCAAACGAUUCUCCAGGAUUUGGAAAAGCAGCUUUCAUUGAAUACUGCUUCUUUUAGACAUCAAUUAGCAGUUGAGAAAAAAAAAGACUAUGAAGCUCAGUCAAUCACAGAAAAUUUACACGUAGAAAUCGAGUCGCUGAAGCUAAAACUUAAGUGCCAUUUCCUUGGGGAAAUUUAAAGUGUAAUUGAUAGACUUCCCUGCCAUUGGUGGAAUGAUGGCUUCUAAUCAUACAGCCCUUCAUCCUACUGUCCAAGAGGAUAAAACAUCUGGGCAAUGCAGAAAAAGAGGAAGCUCAAACCAUUCUCCAGAUAGGAUUAGUAAGAGCACCAACAGUCAAGACAGUAGCUGUAGCAAACUUUCCAGCAAGUCUGGAAGUGCUCAGUUUACCUACUCUAAUGAAUUUCAUGAUAAUGCUUCAAGAACAGCUGUCAAUGGCAGCAGGAACAGCAUUUGUCCAGAAGAGAACAUCUGUGGAACUUCUCAGAACUGCUAUCACGAAGAUUUUCACUCGGAUGCCUCUGAAACCUCCAUAAGUGAAGAGAGUGGCAGCUACAUCAUCCCAUUGCCCCAAACACCAAAAACUAAUGAGCGGAAUUUACCAGAAAAGAAAAAGAAAAAUGAUGUCCAUACAAAAGGAGGCAAAACAUUGCCUAAAAAGAAACUUCAGCAGAAGAAAACAUUUAUUACUGGCCAUACCAUCAAUGCUCAGGAGAAGAAAAAUAAGAUAGCUUGUCAUCUAUUGUCAGCAACAGACCAUACAAUUAAAGAACUGAAAAACGAAGUGGCUGUCCUGCAGAAUAAAUUGGAGACUUUUACUAUGGAAAAUAAAAUCUUGAAGCGUCUCCAGUCCCGACAUGUAAAAGCAAUCAGUAAAUACAUAAAUGCAGAGAUUAACCUGCCUGAUCUUUUGGCCACGCACGCUAAUGAAGGGCAGACUCUGAGAGCAGAUCUCAGGAAAUCUCAGGAAAAAGAGAGCAAGGCUUCCAAGAAGCUGAGAGACGUUCAGGCAGAACACUUGAAAACAACGGAUGCCUUGCGGUCAUUGCAAAAUCUUUGUGAAGACAAAAAGGUUGAAGAGAGAGAAGAACUUCAGUGUAAAUUAACAUCAUUUACCGAAAAAUUGGAAGAUAGGGAUAAGAAAACUCAGGAUUUGGAAAAGCAGCUUUCAUUGAAUACUGCUUCUUUUAGACAUCAAUUAGCAGUUGAGAAAAAAAAGACUACUGAAGCUCAGUCAAUCACAGAAAAUUUACACGUAGAAAUCGAGUCGCUGAAGCUAAAACUUAAGGAAUUGAAAACCAACAGAAGUGAAAGAAUUAGUUAACAUAGCUAAAAAACUUGUCCCUGAAACAGGAGUUCAUCUCCCUGAAAAAUUACCAGUGCACAACGUUUCAAACAGGACAUUCUUGGGAUUAUAAAGUGAAGAGAUCUGCCCAAGAGUAGAAAACACAAAAACAGGAGAGACAGGCAAGGGUUGGUCCUAUUGGACGCAGAAUUUGAGAUAUUAAAGACCAAACCAGUUGAAAACCAGGAAAACGAAGAUCAAGAGUGCCAUUUCCUUUGAGAAAUUUAAAAUAUACUUGAUAGACUUCCCUGCCAUUGGUGGAAUGAUGGCUUCUGAUCAUCCAGCCCUUCAUCAUACUGUCCAAGAGGAUAAAACAUCGGGGCAAUGCAGAAACAGAAGAAGCUCAAAUGAUUCUCCAGGUAGGCUUAGUAACAGCACCAACAGUCAAGACAGUAGCUGUAGCAAACAUUCCAGCAAGUCUGGAAGUGCUCAGUUUACCUACUCUAAUGACUUUCAUGAUAAUGCUUCAAGAACAGCUGUCAAUGGCAGCAAGAACAGCAUUUGUUCAGAAGAGAACAUCUGUGGAACUUCUCAGAACUACUAUUACGAAGAUUUUCGCUCGGAUUCCUCUAAAGCCUCCAUAAGUGAAGAGAGUGGCAGCUACACCAUCCCAUUGCCCGAAACACCAAAAACUAAAGAGCGGAAUUUACCAGAAAAGAAAAAGAAAAAUGAUGUCCAUACAAAAGGAGGCAAAACGUUGCCUAAAAAGAAACCUCAGCAGAAGAAGACAUUUAUUACUGACCAUACCAUCAAUGCUCAGAAGAAGAAAAAUAAGAUAGGCUGUCAUCUAUUGUCAGCAACAGACCAUACAAUUAAAGAACUGAAAAACGAAGUGGCUGUCCUGCAGAAUAAAGUGGAGACUUUUACUACGGAAAAUAAAAUCUUGAAGCAUCUCCAGUCCCGACAUUUAAAAGCAAUCAGUAAAUACAUAAAAUGCAGAGAUUAACCUGCCUGAUCUUUUGGCCACGCACGCUAAUGAAGGGCAGACUCUGAGAGCAGAUCAUUAACAUCAUUUACCGAAAAAUUGGAAGAUAGGGAUAAGAAAACUCAGGAUUUGGAAAAGCAGCUCGCAUCGAACACUGCCUUUUUUCGACAUAAAUUAGCAGUUGAGGAAAAAACGAUCAUUGAAGCUCAGUCAAGCAGAGCAAAUUUAGAAGUAGAAAUCAAGUCGCUGAAGCUAAAACUUAAGGAAAGAGAACGAGAACUAAACAUUACAAAUAUUUAUGCACACCGGAUGCGCAAAGGUCAGCCAGAGAAAGCCGAUUUCACGUUCUUCUCCAAAAGAUGCUGCAAUCAUUAAGCAAAUAUUCUGGUUGUUAAGCAAGUUAGUGCAUUCUGUGCCAAAAUCUGAUCCCUUUUUCACCAAAUCAAACUGGCUACUAGUCAAUGAAAUACAAUAAAAGCAAUAUGAACGGCAUAUGUAUUAAAUCGCUUAAAACAUGAAUUGAAAACCAACAGAAGUGAAAGAAUUAGUUAACAUGGCUAAAAAACGUGUCCCUGAAACAGGAGUUCAUCUCCCUGAAAUAUUACCAGUGCAGAACAUUUCAAAGAGGACAUUCUUGGGAUUCCAAAAUGAAGAGAUCUGCCCAAGAAUAGAAAAAAAUACCCAGUAUGAAAAUAUAGAAAGACACAAGAACAGGAGAGAAAGGCAAAGGUUGGAACUAUUGAACACAGAAUUUGAUAUAUUAAAGACCAAACCAAUUGAAAAAAAGGAAAAUGAAGAAGAUAAAGAGGCAAAAGAAGCUGUUUGUGACAUAUUAACAAUGGAAACACCAUCUACCUCUAAAAAACAGUAUGUAUUUUCAGAGGCCAUUCAAAAUUUACAUCAGGGAUAUCCUUCAACAGGUCCAAAGAUAACAUACAGUAGAAGACAAAGGAACAGGCAACAGGAUGGAAAAACAAACCUUUGCCCAGUAAGAAAACCCCAUGAUAAGGUUUGAUAGACAUAUGAUGGCUUGCAUUGGGUGAUUCCAGUCAAGCCCAUAGAACUAGUAGAUAUUAGAUGCUGGAUAGUAUUAGUACUAGGAGAUAUUAGAUAGCAGAUGUUAGUAUUAGAACUAGAAUAUAUUAGUAGUUUCUAUAAUUAUUGUAAUAAGCAUCACAAAAAUCUAGAUUUUGUGAACUUGUUGCACAUUUUUACAACACAUAAAUAUUAAAGGAAUUUUGAAAGAAA